UCUUGAUGAUCUACCCACGUCCGUUCAACAACCUCUACCUGUGGGUCGGGUUAUGUACAUAUUAGGGUUUCGCACCAUUUUCAUAAUUAUAGGGUUGAAGAUGCAGCUAAAAGAAAUGCAACGUGCAACGCAUUAUCGAAUCAUUCAGCUGGAAGGCACAAGUCGGACCUGGUGGCUGGCUCAUAGCGUCGCAGUCUCCUGUCGCCAAUGCGUCGCAGUGCAAGCGAGCGCCACGCCGUUGGCAGGAAUCCGCGCACGGGAACGCUGACGCGUCUGCGACGCUGGUCUAAGGACGAUGUGCCGUCCGCUGCCUAUGACCAGCUGCGUGUAAGUGGCUUCCCACCCGUGCAGCUUGGUAGUUGGCACCGCUACCGCUCGCUGUCGCAGGAAUUCGAUGAUGUGUUCAAACACGACUCUUCAUCCAUCGCGCGCAAGCCUGCGGUAAGAAGGUCUCCGUUAACGGAGCUGCUCGUGGAUUGGCUGGUGGGAAUGAUUAAUCGAUAGUUGUUGUUGAUGAAAUGAUGCAGAAAUUCCACGUGGGUAUUGAAAUCAAGCAGAUCUUGACGCCAACGACUGCCCGUGCACGCAAAACGAAGAUUAUUUGCGCCAUUGGCCCGGCGUCGUGGUCUGUGGACAUGCUGGGUAUGAGAAUCAUAGUGGUUUGAACGCAGUAGGAUUAUAAGAAGCUAAUGCUGUGGGUUUUGCGUAUGGUAGGACAACUUCUGGAUGCUGGCAUGAAUGUGGCGAGGCUGAAUUUCUCCCAUGGAGACCAUGAACUGCACAAGAGAAGUCUAUCGAAUUUGCGAGAGGCGAUGGCUGCGCGAGCUGGCUGCCAUUGCGCUGUUUUGCUAGAUACCAAGGGCCCGGAGAUCCGCAGUGGCUUCCUGAAAGAACACAAACCUGUCCAGCUGAAGGCUGGACAAACGCUAGAGAUCACUACAGAUUAUGGUAUAGAAGGUGACAGUUCACGCAUUGCCUGUACAUAUGAGCAGUUGCCAACUUCUGUGUCGGUGGGCUCCAAGAUUUUGUGCGAUGAUGGAAGCCUAGUGAUGACAGUACAGGAGUGUUUGCCCGAGUCUAUCAUCGUUCGUGUACACAAUGACCAUAUCCUCGAGGAGAAGAAGAACAUGAAUCUACCAGGUGCUGCUAUUCAGAUACCGGGCAUCACUGAGAAGGACGAGGAUGAUCUGCUAAACUUUGCAAUCCCCAAUGGAGUGGACAUCGUUUCGGGAUCUUUUGUGCGCUCAGCUGCCAAUGUUCGAGCGAUCCGUGAGUGUCUCGGUGAAGCAGGUCGUCACAUACGCGUGCAUGCAAAGAUUGAAAGUCAAGAGGCGCUACAGAAUAUUGACGAGAUUAUUGCUGAGGCUGAUGGCAUUCAUGUGAGCCGUGGCGAUCUCGGUAUGGAGUUAUCACCUGAACGAGUGUUUUUGGCUCAGAAAAUGAUUAUCGGUAAGGCGAAUCGCGCUGGUAAACCCGUGGUCACCUCUACACAGAUGCUGCAAUCCAUGACGAAGAAGAUAAUUCCAUCUAAUGCUGAAUGCACCGACGUGGCGAACGCAGUGUUGGACGGAACAGAUGCUAUGAUGUUAUCAGCAGAAACUGCCAAGGGCAUGUACCCGAAAGAAGCAGUUGAAACCAUGGCCAAGAUAUGUGUUGAAGCAGAGCAAGCGCUAGACUAUGCUGAGGUAUAUCGACUACACCGGGCAGCAAACAGCAAGCACGUGAGCAUGUACGAAUCGGUCGCCAGUUCAGCUGUUGAAAUUUCUCUCGACAUGGGCGUCAAACUGAUUAUUUCGAUCACCGACACGGGUUCCAGCACGAAGUUACUGGCAAAAUACCGGCCUAAAGCCAAUAUAUUGGCUGUCACAUCCUCGACGUUAACGGCACGGCAGCUCUCUGGGGUUUCUAGAGGGGUAACAGCGUUGUUGGUCGAGUAUAUGGCAGGGAUAGAGGAUCUUACGCUGAAAGCUAUCGCGUACGCGAAGGAGCGGGGAUUGAUUCAGAGUGGCGAAAUAGUCAUAUUGGUUCACGGAUUAGACGACACUAUCUCGGCGUCCACUAACGUGGUGAAGGUAAUAGAAGUGGCCAAGAAGGGCUACACGAGCCCAAAGAAUAGCUUUACGAGUGGACUUCACGUUCCCUUCACGUAAUCGAAGAUGUAAAGAGUGUUAGAUCAGAGAGUACAUGCCCUACGAAAUUCCGAGUGGUCAAACUCCAGGUGAAUUACGGGUCCUGUCGGCGAUGUCUAUGUGGUCUUCUAUCUAAUAAUCUACUCUAUUCGUGGGGUAGGCGGGGAAUUGGAAUGCGUAGGAAGUCUGAUGCCGGAACAACAGCUCGUCGCCCGAAUGAUCCCUGGGCCUCCAACGCCAGAUGGAGUGUUGAGCGUGACUUGGCAUCAGCCGACCAGUGUCGAAAGCGAUGGCUAAAGUGAGUCAACGCAAGCAAAGUCGCGUUCAUCUUCUUUGCAGCGUACCCAGCCAUGCGAGCUGUAGAGUGCCCACGAUGUACUGCCUGCACCAGUGAUCAUUGGCAUUAGAUUAGGGUCGUUAGGUGAAUGCUCAAGAAUUGUUAUAGUUCAAAUGACCCGUACCUGUUUCACCAUGUCAUGACUUAGCGUUGCUUCAUGAACCAACACCUGCCCAGAAGGAACCCCACCAUCACCACAGAGUUAGCAAUUCCUUUAGCAUAUACUACACUCCGAGAAAUUUGGUCAU